GCUGCUGUUGUUGCCUCUCACUUUCCUAUCAUGCCUGGUCUCUAACAGAAGUACAGGCUCUCUGUCACCACUCACUCACACACAUGCACACGCACUCUCUCUCAGAGCAGGGAAUCUCACACACACACACACUGCCAACUUAACAGUGUCGUUUGUUAAUUUAUCGUUAGAGGAGUCGAGCAUCACCUCCCUUGUUCACAGAGCACGGAAGACAAGAAACCUUAAAGAGAGAGGGAGCAAGGGAUUGCACGGGGCAGGAUAACUGCUGCCUACCUGAACAAACAGCAGAGCUGCUUUGUGGAGAUGGACCGAAGGGGUUGUGGAGAGGUGCCGUGCUAUUGUGGAUGGCAGCAGCAACCGCCCCAGGGAUACCACUAUGGCUCAGCCUCAGGGGGUGCUACUCUGCCCCGGCAGAGGGGCCGUCUUAUGGCUACCCACUCUGAAAGCUCUUGGAGAAGCCCAGGACGCUCUGUGGUCCGCGCCAAAGGAGGCAGCUGUGACCUGUGGUCCGAAUGCGGCUGUCCGCAGAGUCAGAGCUGGCAGGACCACUACCAGGCGAGUCCCGCCCCAAUAAUUGUCAACACGGAUACUCUGGAGUCUGUACCUUACGUGAACGGGACAGAAAUUGAAUAUGAGUUUGAAGAAAUCACGCUAGAGCGGGGGAACUCAGGGUUGGGCUUCAGCAUAGCUGGAGGGACAGACAACCCCCAUGUCGGCGAUGACCCAGGGAUCUUCAUCACCAAGAUCAUCUCUGGUGGCGCGGCAGCAGAGGAUGGCAGGUUAAGAGUGAAUGACUGCAUCCUGCGGGUGAAUGAUGCUGACGUGUCCGAGGUGUCCCACAGUAAGGCUGUGGAGGCACUGAAGGUGGCCGGCUCCAUCGUCAGCCUCUACGUUCGCCGGAGGAGACCCAUGCUGGAAACUGUCAUUGAGAUCAAACUCAUCAAAGGACCAAAAGGGCUGGGCUUUAGCAUCGCAGGAGGGGUGGGCAACCAGCACAUCCCGGGGGACAACAGCAUCUAUGUAACUAAGAUCAUAGAUGGCGGUGCAGCACAGAAGGACCAGCGCUUGCAGGUUGGAGACAGGCUGCUUAUGGUGAACAACUACACUCUGGAAGAGGUCUCCCACGAGGAGGCAGUAGCCAUACUGAAGAACACGUCUGACGUUGUCUACCUGAAGGUGGGCAAGCCCACCAGUGUUUACUUAUCAGAUCCCUAUGGGCCACCUGAUAUCACGCACUCGUUCUCUCCAGCAAUGGAAAAUCAUAUCUCUUCCGUGGGAAACAACGGCACUCUGGAAUACAAGUGCAGUCUUCCCCCCAUGCCCAUCUCCCCCGGAAGAUACUCCCCCCUCCCAAACCAACUACUCGGGGAAGAGGACAUAAACAGGUUGGAUGGUUUUUCCUUCUUACGAAAUGCCUCAAUAGAUGACGGAGAGGGUCACAGGUUUGAUUCGCAGCACUUCCAGUUGAGGCCUCCUGAGCCAGUUUACAGCACUGUGAACAAACUGUGUGACAAAACACCUUCUCCCCGCUGCUAUUCCCCCAUGGAGUGUGACAAAAGCCUCCUCCACUCCAUACCCUUCCCUCACUAUCACUUAGGCCUGCUCCCUGACUCCGAGAUCACCAGGGAUCCCAGGAGGAUGGUCCUCCACAAGGGCUCCACAGGCCUGGGAUUCAACAUCGUGGGUGGGGAGGACGGAGAGGGCAUCUUUGUCUCCUUCAUCCUGGCGGGAGGGCCCGCCGACCUAAGCGGAGAGCUGCGGAGGGGAGACCAGAUCCUGUCGGUUAAUGGCAUCGACCUACGCGGGGCCACCCACGAGCAAGCGGCUGCAGCACUAAAGGGGGCGGGCCAAACGGUCACCAUCAUUGCCCAGUACCGUCCCGAGGAGUACGGGCGCUUCGAGGCCAAAAUCCAUGAUCUGCGGGAACAGAUGAUGAAUCACAGCAUGAGCUCUGGGUCCGGAUCCCUCCGAACCAAUCAGAAACGCUCCCUUUACGUCAGAGCACAGUUUGACUAUGAGAAGGCCAAAGACAGUGGCCUCCCUAGCCAAGGCCUCAGCUUUAGAUACGGGGACAUCCUCCACGUCAUCAACGCCUCAGACGAUGAAUGGUGGCAGGCCCGAAGGGUGACCCCCGAUGGGGACAGCGAGGAGAUGGGGGUUAUCCCCAGCAAGAGGAGGGUUGAGAGGAAAGAACGAGCACGUCUAAAGACAGUGAAGUUCAAUGCCAAACCUGGAAUGGAUUCAAAAGGGUCAUUCAAUGACAAGCGUAAAAAGAACCUCAUCUUUACACGAAAGUUCCCAUUCUACAAGAACGAGCUGGGUGAGCAGGAUGGCAGUGAUUCCGAACGGAGUCAAGAGGACAUGAUUCUCUCUUAUGAGCCUGUCAUUCGACAUGAGAUUAAUUACACCAGACCCGUCAUAAUCCUUGGACCGAUGAAGGACAGAAUCAAUGACGACCUGAUAUCAGAAUACCCGGACAAAUUUGGCUCCUGCGUGCCGCAUACCACUCGAUCAAGGAGGGACUACGAGGUCGAUGGGCGGGACUACCAUUUUGUAAUGUCCAGAGAGCAGAUGGAGCAGGACAUCCAAGAGCACAAGUUCAUUGAGGCGGGCCAAUACAACGACAAUCUCUACGGAACCAGUGUUCAGUCGGUCAAAUAUGUGGCUGAGAGGGGUAAACACUGCAUACUUGACGUGUCGGGGAAUGCCAUUAAACGACUACAAGUAGCACAACUCUAUCCCAUUGCCAUCUUUAUAAAGCCCAGAUCCAUCGAUUCAUUAAUGGAGAUGAAUAAGAGGCUAACAGAAGAGCAGGCCAGGAAGACAUUUGACCGGGCCAUGAAGCUGGAGCAGGAGUUUGCCGAGUUUUUCACAGCCCUUGUUCAAGGGGACACCUUAGAGGAAAUUUAUAACCAUUGCAAAAUGGUGGUAGAGGAGCAUUCAGGACCCUACAUCUGGAUCCCGUCAAAGGAGAAAUUAUGAGAACACACCACUUUGGCAGGGAGAUUGGACUGCUAGUAACAAAAUACUUUGUAACAUAUGAUCAAUUGUAAUGGCAAUUUAUAUUGUUCCUAAUUAUAGCCAAUUAAUAUGAUUUUUUUUGUUAUUGUUUAUUCUUUUUUUCACUUUCAAUAUGAAUGUUCCUGAAUGUACACCACAAAGUUCCAAAAAACAUUUUUGGCCUAAAAAAAUGUUACUGUUUGUAUAUUUAAUGAUUUUUAUUUUUAAGAAAAUGUUAAGGAAAUUAAAUAAACAUGGGCAUGUGUUCACCUCGACUGCGUGGAAUUUCAAAUGAAUUUUAGAAGAUGGCAGAUACAAGUCAUUGCCACACCAACAAAGGAGGGGAAGGAAAUAAUAUCAGCUUCUUUUGCUUUUCUCCACCCAACAGCUAGCACUUUGUGUCCUCUGACGCUCACCUCACAUCAAUAGUUGACAUUUUGUGUGACUGGCAUCUAUGCACUCACAUGGCCCUUGGACACAGUUCAUCAUAUUCCUGAUAUUUUUACAUUGUUAUUUUGUAUUAAUUUUAUUAUGUUGUGAAUCCAGAUUUGUUGGACAUUUUAAAUUUGAAUAAGAAUUAACUUUAUUGUUUAUUUUGCGGAUUCUUUCAUUGUUGAAAUGCUUUGAGAGGGCACAACAGCACAGAAAAUAUUUAUUAUAAAGAUGUAUAACUUUGAUUAAACAUUUUAUUUGAAAAAGGGUAUCUUGUUUGACAGUGAACUGUAUAUUUGGUGAUGCUGGGCAAAUGGAAAACUACUCGUCAAGAACUUGGGAAUAAGGUUCUAUCUGCAUUUGUCAAAAUUAUUGACAGCCUUGUUCUGUUCAAUUAUCUACCUAUAUAGCACUCUUAAUAGCCCAAUUCAUUUUAAAUUCAAAAGAAUACUAUAUAAAUUGCUGACACCAUUCAAACCAAUUAGAGUUCGUAACAUUGAAGCCAAUUAUCUCAAGACUCAUAUUUUUGCAGAUCGAACCUUAUAUUCCCAAGUCCUUUGAGGACUGAUAUUAAUGCACUGUGG